UAAUACAUCUCGAAAUGAGAGUGCAUGAGCUCGUAUGAGUGUGUAUGAGAACGAGCGAAAUGUGAUUAAUGUGCAAUGACUGUCGAGCGUGUAUUUAUGCGAAAUAUACUUUUACCUCAUUGCUGAGGGUAAAAGCGUCGCUUGAGCCUUGCCGGGGGGCUUGGGGCGGACAAACAAAAACAAAGAAUAGAAACCGUCAUAGGAGUUGUAAUGGUUUUAAUGGAAACUGUAAUGGUCCCCAUUGGGUCUUUGUUAGUAAUUUGUUGCCUUCUAUUGGUGACGUGUUAUGUGUAGUGGAUACCAUUAAGGACCAGUCAUGGUAAUGGUUUUACUGGUUAGCUGAUGGUUUGUAAUGGUGUUUAUAAUGGAAGGCAUUAGAAUUGUGAUGGUUUCUGUUGUUUGGGGUUUUUUUUUAAUGACUAACCAUAAAAGGUUGAGGUGUUAACUCUUGAAAUUAAGCAUAUCCUUUGUUUUGUGUGUGUGUGAAACGUGCCCUUUUAUUUAGCAUUACGUGGUGAAACAUUUAGCUCUUCAUUUUACUUCUGUGACGAGACAAGACGAGUGUCUCUCUCUCUAUCUGUGUGUGUGUAUGGUACACGUUAGUUUUUUGGGUGAUCUUCGUGUGCACCACGUGACCACAGGAGUAUUUAAAUAAAGGGCGGCAUCUUCGAACAGAUGCGGUCGAGUCGAGCGGAUUUUCUCUUUAUAUGAAGCGUCGGAAUCACUGGAGAUCUACAAAUCCUUGCUGAUCAUGAAGAACCGGUCGUCUUUACCAUGGCUGGUGCUUUCUGUACUCUUCGCUGCGAUACCUCCAGCAAAACCAGGCCCCUGUCCAACAUGUGAAUCUGGCUAUGGCAGGGUCUCUGGAAGCUGCAAGUGCAAGCCAUGCACAGCUGAGUAUUUCUGGUCUCUGAGGAAUGGACAGGGCAAUUGUUAUAAGUGUACAACAUCUUGUACUGCUAAGAAAAACCUGAUCCAAGUACACCCCUGCAAUCAGACAACUGACCGUAGGUGCCAGUGCAAACCCGGCUACUACUGCCCAAGUCCAGUGAACUUGACCUGCAGAAGGGACUGUGAGCCGUGCACCAAUGGCUUCACCAGCACAUCUAAUCUACAGACAUCCUGUCAGCAGUUCACUGACUGUGCCAGUUUAGGGAAGGUGGUGAUUAAAGAAGGAUCGCCAACUGCGGACCGUGUGUGUGGACAUCCGACAACUCACAAGAUCCACAGCAUCCAAGCAGUCAAUCGGCCCAUCUCUCAAAACCAGGUGUCUGAAAUUUCGACAGUCCUUCCUAAGCUAAACCCCACAAGCGCAACGCCAGACACAUCGAACACCACGACUCAGACACUCCCAUCAUCUAUCCUCAAGCCCAACAGCACCCGAGCAGUCUAUAAUUCAGUCCACACGGUGUAUCAGGUCUCUCAGAACCUGGACAGGUCUUUAUCCUUUGAGACGACAGCUCCUUCAGGCGUGAGUGCCGACUUCAGAAUGACUCGAGAAACCAAGGGCCCUGUUCCACCAUCUGAGCCCCUUUUGAAGACCACUUGGAUCUUUUUGCUUCUGCUGCUUGUGUCCCUGUGUCUGGUGACAUGCGUGUCCUUAAAGUGCAAAAGUGGAGCCAUCAAGAACAAACUCGAGUGGGCAGGUCUGGCAUUUGAAAGAUACCAGCCCGUGUUGUCCACAGCCCACCCCAACCCGCCCGUCGAUAUUGUGGUUCCUGUGAGCGAUGUCACCGACACUGUUAGAGAAGUCCAGGGUCAGGGGUCAUUCCCUGGGAAAAAUCAGAAGGUCACCAUGGAGCACGUCGGGAAAGCGGAUGGCAUCAACAACACUGUUGGGUCUAUUUUCAUCUACUCCCCCGGGAUGGUGAUCCUCGGCUCGAACUCGAACGAGAAAAAAGAGGAGGCGGAGACGGGCACAGAAGACAUCGGCGAAGACACCUGUCUCAUGAGCGUGCCUCAGCAGGAAUCCAGCUCCGAAGAAGACUUCGUCAGAAUGGCUACACAGGAAGAGUUUGGCAAGGAGCUGAGCAUUCCAAUUCCGGCCACGAGCAAAUGAAAUGUCCGGGCCUGAACACCGACGUCGGCUCAAGCAAAGGAAUAUAUGAACCAGGACGGGGCCUUACGAGUCACGGAGCCUCUUUGCUGGCCCGUGAAGUGUAGAAAACUUGCCCUGUUUCAGCAGCGAGGCUGUGAAUAGGGCUGAGUUUGUUUGUAUAGCACUGUGACUUUCAGGGUUUUUUCUUUCUCAGUGUGGGAGGCUGUGCGAAGACAGUGACGGAAUAAGAAAAACUCCCAGGUUGCUAUAGUGAUAAGAUGUACUGUAAAUAUUAAUAUAUUAGAAUAUUAUGAUAUAACAAUAUAAUUAGAAAUAUCA